UGACGACAGCCAAGGAGAGUUCUCGGUCAGACAGAGAGGCAGCGUGUGAGUGAGAGAGGGAAGAGUGAGCGAGGAUUGGCGAGUGUACAGUAGAUCCGUUCAGUCCAGGACGCAGUCUGCAGCAAGCUCUCAUCAAAUCUUCUCUCCACGCUUCCCUGUUCCUGCCUCGCUCGUCUUCUUUCCCAUCUUCUCACUUUAUUUUCUAGUCGUUGACGAUCAUUUACUUUUCACCCUCUGUACUUUUGUUUCUGCCUGUGCACCUCCCCUCAUUCCCCUCCUGACGGAUGGAGUAAGGGGUUUCUUUCAACACCUGGUCCCUCUGGCCCCCCUAGCCUCACAUCCCAUGGGAAUCCGUGCGUCUUGCAGACUGGAGCCUCAUGGUCGUGGAGUUGCCACUCAACAGGGUCAAGCAGAGUCUCCUGCUCCAGAGCAGGAUGAGGAGAUCCUGGGCUCCGACGACGACGAGCAGGAGGAUCCCAACGAUUAUUGCAGGGGUGGAUACCACCAUGUCAAGAUUGGUGAUCUGUUUAACGGCAGAUAUCAUGUGAUCCGUAAACUGGGUUGGGGUCACUUCUCCACUGUAUGGCUGGCCUGGGACAUCCAGGAGAAAUCCUUCGUGGCCAUGAAGGUGGUUAAAAGUGCUGAACAUUACACAGAGACGGCUCUGGAUGAGAUCAAGCUGCUCAAAUCUGUGAGGAACACGGAUCCCAGAGAUCCCAGUAGAGAGAAGGUGGUGCAGCUACUGGACGACUUCAAAAUUUCUGGCAUGAAUGGAACUCAUGUGUGUAUGGUGUUUGAGGUUCUGGGCUACCACCUCUUGAAGUGGAUCAUAAAGUCUAACUAUCAGGGCCUGCCCCUGCCUUGUGUUAAAAGCAUCAUACGACAGGUUCUUCAGGGCCUGGACUACCUCCACUCCAAGUGUAAGAUCAUUCACACGGACAUUAAACCAGAAAAUAUCCUGCUGACUGUCAACGAGCCCUACAUCAGGAAGAUGGCUGCUGAAGCGACGCAGUGGCAGAAGUCUGGAGCUCCGCCUCCCUCUGGAUCUGCAGUCAGUACAGCUCCAGCAUCAAAACAACCAGCCAAAAUGUCAAAGAACAAAAAGAAGAAGAUGAAAAAGAAGCAAAAGAAGCAAGCAGAACUGUUGGAGAAGAGGAUCCAGGAGACGGAGGGAGGAGCUCUACCUGAUGGUGGAGAGGAAGAUGAUGAAGAGGAGACGGAGACCAAUGAAGACACGGCUUCCUCGACCACCCUCCCUGUGUCUGCUACCCUGCAGGACUUAGAUAAUUACACUAGCACAGACCUGACUCCUGACGAGCAGCCCAGAGAGAUGCCUGAGUUAAAUGAGCAGGAAAAGGAGACGACCCAACAGGAGAACAGAAUGGAAAUCAACUGUAACGGCCACGUGUCAUCAGCAGACGGCAACGCCAGUCCAGAUGCACAAGAGUCAGAGCAGUGUGCCAAGGAACUGGAGGACCAACAGAACACAAACCAACCAGAGAUCCACCAAACGUUAUGCAACAAAGAGGAACAGGAGAUCUGUGACCCAGACACGACCGUGCAGCAGCUCCUUUCAUCCCACAGCUCAGAUGUUGGUGUAGAGUGGCAGGAGGGGGAAACAGAAGGAAAAAAGAUGAAGGACAUGGACAAUCAAGAGGAGGACAAGAAAGGGAGUGAUGAAGAGGAGUGCCAGAAUGCAGGGAGUAUGCUGAUAAAUCCUCUGGAUCCUCAGAACGCUGACAAGCUGCAGGUUAAGAUAGCUGACCUCGGUAAUGCCUGCUGGGUGCAUAAACACUUCACCGAUGACAUCCAGACACGACAGUACCGUUCUCUUGAGGUUCUGACUGGAGCCGGCUACAGCACUCCAGCAGACAUUUGGAGCACAGCCUGCAUGGCCUUUGAACUUGCAACAGGAGAUUAUCUGUUUGAGCCUCACUCUGGAGAAGACUACUCCAGAGAUGAAGAUCACAUAGCUCUCAUCAUCGAGCUGCUAGGAAAAGUUCCUCGGAAGCUGAUCUUGGCAGGAAAAUACUCCAAGGAGUUUUUCACCAAGAAAGGUGAUCUGCGUCACAUCACCAAGCUGAAGCCGUGGGCAUUGUUCGAUGUCUUGGUGGAGAAGUACGAGUGGUCCAAGGAGGAAGCUCACUCGUUCAGCAGCUUCCUGCUGCCCAUGCUGGACCUGGUGCCUGAAAGGAGGGCCACAGCAGCUCAGUGCCUCUCACAUCCAUGGCUCACAUCCUAGAGGCCACACAUACACACACACACUGCUGUUCUCAUAUUGUGUAAUGGUGAAUCGGGUGUGAAGGCCCUGGACGUUUGCGUCUGUCAGCCUCAUUGUGCCUGCGCUGCAUCUUCACAUCUCGGCAUAUUCACGCCCAUCCAAACAGCAGAGACCCUGCAGUCUUUUUUCACUGUUUAUUUAAGGAGGUAAAGAUCCUCUCCGUAUUUACUGAUUUUUUUUUUUUUUUACUGGUUAGACAACAUCUUUUUGUGCUUAUUUCCCUCAGACUGCUGCUAUUUCUCUUCUGCCCGUCAUUCUUGUCGGAUUUAAAAUACCUUUGCACUUUUCUACAAAUGAAAAAAGCAGGAUGCCGUCAGAGACGCAAAGAUCUGAUGCCGAGCCAAAACUGUUUGUCAUCACGUGCCAGCUUUUUUAUACAUUUAGCUGAAAACGAUGUAGUCAGUUACAGCUGAGGUUAAAACGUUGAAGUAUUGUUAGUUUAGACUUCUCAUGAACGGACCUUUUUCCUACAUUUGUUCUCAGAGAGCUACAAGAUAAAAAUGGAUUUAAUUUAGUUAUCCAAACUCACACUUUGUUCUUAUUUCAGAUGUGGUUGGUUGUAGGGAUUUUUAAGGAACACGUGUUUUUGUACAACAUAGUAGGAACAAAAAUCUCAUUAUUUCUCUCUAGUGCAUGAGCUGGCAGACGGUUUAUUCUUCUUUGGAUUGUUAUUUUUAAAUUCUUAAUUCACUCAUGUUCCACAUUCACGUGAAAACACCAUACAAGAAUUCUGUGUACAGUUCAGUGUACCAAAGAAUCGGACUAAACGGUCAUUAAACUAGUGAAGACUGAAAUGUGCAUUCUGAGGGCCUUAAGAGACAUUUAUGAACCAUCAGCAGGCAAUAAAAUCCUCCCAGACGAGCUGGAUCAGUGGAAAAGAUUGUAUUAAUUAUAAAUAUUGUAAUAAUGCUUUACAUUUCAUUGCAGCGGUCAUUCGUUUUUUUAAGCAAGUCUCUUAUUUCCAUGUCUUCCUUCUUUGUCUGUCGGUAAUAAGAAUAAACAUUUUCCAAAACGA